ACAUCCAUCUAUAUAUAUAUAUAUAUAACCAAGUGUGAGCACCUCGUUGAGAAAUUUAUAUAUAUACACAUAAUCUUGAUGCCCUCGCUAUUGACUUAAACCCUCAAGUGGAGUUUACAAGUGUGGUGUGUUAAGUGAGAGUGUACAAGAGGCUCUCACCACCACACGCCCUCACCUGUCCCAACGCCCUAAGAGCACCAGGCAGGCAGGGGUCAGCACACACCUUGUCUCUUCUGUAGGUGUGUGUGUGUGAAGGAAGCCAGCACCAGUGUUGACCAAGGAUGGGAGUGUUUGAUGGGCAGGCCAGAAUGAUGAAAAACUCCGGCCUUCUUAGGUGGAGCAACAACAAGAACAACAACAACAAGACAAACAAUGCUAAAAAUGCCAACAAGAACUGGCUCCACCCCCCAGAGGCACUACAGAAGGGACACAUUGCCUACCUGGUCAAGUUCCUCGGGAGCACAGAAGUUGACCAGCCAAAGGGCAUUGAGGUGGUGAAGGAGGGCAUCCGUAAACUUAAGUUUAAUCAGCAGCUGAAGAAGGCCGAGGGCAGCAAGACCCCCAAAGUGGAGCUGACUGUGUCCAUCGAUGGCGUCGCUAUUCAUGAACCAAAAACUAAGCGUAACCUGCACCAGUACCCGCUACACAGGAUUAGUUACUGUGCUGAUGACAAGGCAGAGAAACGGUUCUUCAGUUUUAUCGCCAAGGAGGCUGACUCUGAUAAGCACACAUGCUUCGUCUUUGUUAGUGACAAGUUGGCUGAAGAAAUCACCCUAACAAUUGGUCAGGCCUUUGACUUGGCGUAUCGGCGGUUUGUGGAGACAUCUGGCCGUGAAGUUGAGAUGCGGCGACAGCUGCUGUUGCUGCAGAAACGUGUGCAAGGGCUGGAGGACGAGAAUCAAACACUCAAGACACGCAUCACACAGUUGGCUACUCUUAAAAACAGACCUGAUGUGGAGGACUACAUGAAGGAAAACAAUAUAUCUGAUUUACUGACACUAAACGGUGAGAGCAGCACUGAUCCUGAACCCUCGUUUGAGCCUCUAGCCUCCAGCAGCGCCCUCGGCCCACCGCCCAUCCCACCACGCAACACACCCAAGCAGGAUGAUGAUACUGCGCUCAUACAGGACAUCUUAUCAAGCCCACUAACUUCAAAUGGUGCUGACGAGGAUGAUUUCAAUCCACGGGCAGAAGAAACACUAUUGUCUAAAGUGGGUGGCACAAACAGCUUCUCUAGUAAUGGUAGUCAUGAGGCUCAUGAUGAGGAUGAUGAUUUCAACCCCCGAGCAGAAGAAAAGAAGCCUCCUUCAUUUACUGCUGUACCUCCACCUGAAUUGAAUGGCUUUACUUCUCCACCAGCUCUUGUUCCUCCGCCUCGGCCUGUUCGGGCUCAUGAGCAGGCUCUAAACAAUGGUCUGUCAGAUGAUAUAUUUGACACAUCUGGGGAUCCAUUUGGUUCUGUGGCAUUCUCUCCUCCUAGCAACAGUGGUGAUGCCUUAGCACAGUUCAUUGAGAUGAAGGCCGGGUUCAGUCGUGGACUAUCCUUUGGAACCGCAGAUGAUGACUUUACUUUGGAAAGUUUGGAUCCACUGAAGAAUUAAUAGGCAAGGAUCAGGUAUUUAAGCCUGCCUCACAGAAAUACUCCCUGGGUUAUAAUUUUAUCUUCAUUAUUAUGUUAUUUGGUGUGUGCUGUUGCCGCUAGACAGUGGGACAGUAUCAGCCUGAACCAGAAUGGGCUGUGAUACUUUGAUACAAACUAACAGAGGUAGCACAAAUUCUCCAUCAAGUACUGAAGGGUAUUAAAUUUUAUUUUUGCAGACCUUUUUCCCUUUGCUGUAUUAUUACCUGCCUGGAGCUGAGCAAGUAGCUAUAUAUUUAUGCUUUUCAUAAUAUAAAUAUAAAUGAACAAAUUGUAAUAACUUGGUUCAUCAUUUAACCUUCUCAUGGCAGCCAGUUAAUUUUUGAUAUAUAUAAUUAGCUCCUUUAAGUUAUGCUGUAAAUAAUAUUUAGAAAGGUUUAAUGUUUUACAUGCUUCACCUGGGAUAAAUAUGGUGAGAGAACAAAUAAACUAUAGUCAUUAUCAUCUCAAGUUUUGGAGUGAGCUUUUAUCAUUGCCAUUACCACUUGGUGAAAAUAACAUUCCAUUUUAGUAGUUCCAUUACAUUCCUUGUGGGAAGGGAACACACAUCUUAUGAAUUAAUAUUUGUUCAUCUCACUAAGCACAACUAGUGUUUCAUUAUGUAGUUUGAAGAACAUGGGAAUGUCACUGGUGGAUAAUGUCCUGUGACCCAGAAAUAAUUCAGUAUUGUUGCCAAUAUGCUCACAUGAAUUUUUGCUGCAACUAAAAUAAGUAUUAAUAAUCAAAAAGUAUUAUAAAAGUAAUAACUGCAGGAGGUUAGAAAUUUCAAGCACUGUAUUUAAGGAAUAUUACGUAAAAAUAGUAUGAUGGAGAGUGAAAUUGGGUAAAUAAUAUUGUAAGGGAGGAGAGUGAUGAGAGCUGGAAAGUAACAGUGGGGAGGAACUUAAGCUUAGAGGUAAUAAAGGAACUCAAGAGAUGAUAUAAUAUUUCCUGUAUUAACUUACAUGAAGCAGAAUGCUCUAAAAUUUAAGGUACAGAGAUGAGUUAUAUAAGUGUUGGAAUGGCAGAGGGUGUUGACUGUGGUGUGGUGGAAUGAGUUACGAGAGGUUCUCUGAGAUGGUAUAGUCAUGUGAGAAGGAUGCAGGUGAGGAUCAUAGUUAAGAAUGUGUGGAGGGGCAGUGUAACAGGUGUGUUGGUAGAGGGAGACACCUGCAGCACCAGGUUGGAAUAAUAUAUAAAGAGAAAAGGGGAUGGGUGAAUGGGAUUAAAGGGGCCAAAGGGACACAUAGUGAUAGGAUGGCAUGAAGGCUCUUUCUGUCAUGACCACCUCUUCAGAGAGGAACUCCCUGGAGGAGUAUGGCUUCACAGAAAAGAUUAGAGGAGGUUAAAUAAUACAUGGCCAUCAUUAUAGUCUUAAAGAUGGAAAGACAAUUAGUGAUAUACAUUUAGGGAAAUAUAUGACUUUGGAAGGUAAAGAUUAAUAUAAUUUUACUGAAUCUAUAAGAGUACAUAGAGUAGGUAGAACUAAACAUAAUUUGUGGUUUAAUUACCCCAUUAUGCAGAAAUUUGGGCAAAUGUUUCACAUGCUGCUUGUGGUUGUGACAUUGAACUGUGUGUGUGUGUCAACACACAAUACUGAAUUGCAGAUAGAACUAGUUCUUCUGUAUUCUGUAAUGUCAGGAGCACUUUGGUAACGUUUAUUAUAUACACAUUGUGAUGAGGUUUGAUAGAAUAUUUGUAGAAUUAAACAAGUUUAGAUAAUAAUAAUUAAUGAUUUCUCCUUUACUCAGUAUUUUAAUGUUUGUUAAAAGACCUUGUUGGUGUUUCAGACAAUAUAUCUGAAGAAAUAUUUAUGAGUUUAUAAAAGCAUAGCAGAGUCUAUUGUUAAUUGUUUAUAUAUUAAAGAGAAAGCCAUCCAUUCUGGAGAUGUAAUAUAUAUAUAUAUAUAUACAUAUAUCCAUAUAGAUAUCUAUUAUAUGAAGAAAGCUUAUAGGUAUAAUAUACUGUUUACUCUAGGUUCACUAAGUUAUUUUGUUCAUGCAGUGAUAAUGCUAAUGUCAUUUAUCUCAUUCCCAACAAAGCAGACAAACAUGGUGGGUGAUGAGGAAUUAACUAGUUUGGAAAGACGGACUUAGUGCAGCUACAGCUAACUCUCAUACUGCAGUGUAUGGCAGUGGCUGGUCACCUUACUACAACAUGAAGCUGCUAUAACAGUCAGGCCACUGUAUUUCAACACAUAGUUGCAUUUAGAAUAAAAAUUGGGGCAUCACAUUGGAGCAUAUGGGUGCCUCUAGCAUUAUAGUUUGGUCACCAUACUGUAAUUAUGGAUCUGCUUCUUUAUAGCAGGACCAUUAUAUUGCAGUGUGUGGCUGCCUCUAGCAUUAUAACUAGACCAUCAGCCUGCAGUAUAUAUAUGGUCAUAGACUUAUAGCUUUACCAUCAUAAUGCAGUAUAUGGACACAACCCUAAUUAGUAUUAUAGGUAGCCAUCAUUCUACAACAUAUCACCCACAAAUUCUUGGUGCUGUUCACAUGCCUAUACAUUUAUUUACAGUUACUAGUGUUGCUGUAAAUAUUUAAAGAUAUUUUGCCCAAAAGUAUCUCAUACAAAUCCAGGUUUCUUACAGCCUCAAGCAGAAACACAACCUGUAUUCAAUUGCUGUAAUAAAAUUUUAAUAUAUAAAAAGUAGCCUUUGAUGUAAAAUUGUUAGAUGUUUUUUAUGCAAAAAAAUAUAUAUAUAAAUUGUGGAACUCAGGAGGCUGGGGGUUGAAUUUUUUUACAAUAGAUGAACCUAUAUUUUUUACAAAGGUAUGAAUCUCAGAGGCUUAAGUUAACUUUUUGGCUUGUUGGCAAAUGCUUUACCCGCAGUGAAUUUUUUAAUGUUAAUACCAUUAAUGAUUGCUAAUGCUGCAGCCACAGAUGACUGCUUGUUGUUUUGCACUCACUAUUUUCAGAGUAAGUACAUUUAAUUUUAUUUGUGAUAAAAUGAACAUAGAGCCAAUGGUAAUUGUACAAUGCUGGAGUUGCUGGUGCUGAUGGGUGUCCUGGUGAUUACAGGCAGAUGUACAUUGUUUCAGUGAUGAGAUCAGUGUUCCUUUAUUUAGAUAAAAGAUAGGUCCGCAUCACCUAGGACCCACAAAUCCAACAUUAAUCCCCCCCGCCUUGGAAGGGGACUUUGGUGUUCACAAAUCAUCAGCAACUUUGUCUCUUAACAGUAGAAAGAAGAUUGAUAUCCCUCAGAACUUUUGCAGUCAUUAAGGGAAAAAUAAUUUGGUCAGGAAUAUUAAACUACUCGUACUGUAUAUUGACCCAAGUACAGGACUGUGAAAUUUCAAUUACUGGACUAUACUAAAAAAAAAAAAUUAAAUUUUACCCAAUAUUAUUGGAACUACAGUAUUCAACAGAUGUUUGAAUUUGAAUGGUAGUUGUUUAUUAUUUCCUGGUCAGUUAAAGGCCUAGUUUGAUCAAGAGGUUUACAACAAAUUUGGGAUCAUCAAAAUCCCAUAAGUUAGGUCCUACCUAAUCAUGACAAGUGGACUUAGUUCUAGAAUGUUGCAAGUCAAAUGCACAAGGCCUCUAGUAAUCAAGGCCAUGGCGUAGCUACAAUCCUGAAUGAUCCAAUUUUAAGUAUUGUACACUGAGACCAACAAUAAAAAGUUAAUGUUUUGUAUGUUCUGAAGGAAUAGAGAAUUGUAAAUCACAAUAUGACUGCUUUAGAUAGCCGACAAUCAGUCACUUAACUAUAAUGUCAGGAGAGUUAAUUUUAUUUAUCCUUUUACAGAUGAUGUUUAAUUUUAUUUGAUAUCUUGUGAAAAAGGUGGACAUUAUUUUAUGCAGUAAUUAAUAUAUGGGGACUGAGAAGGUCUGGUAUAAACCUUGUCAGUUUUGUAGUGGGCCAGAUAUAUCACUGGACAAGCACAAUAUUUACUUUAUGUUAAUGAUGUCACAAUUAAGGUCACUAAUUACACAAAAUUAAAUACACAAAAAAAGGUCAGAGUAUACUAUAAUUUUUCCUAGUGCACAGUGGAUUAAUGUAGCAUGACUACAAUAAAGAGAAUAUUAUAGUCUUACAACACAGGUUACAUUCCUUGGUAAAACUGUGAAAUAAUUUCUCCCUUAUAUUUUAUAUCAUUAUUUUAAACGUUACUCUUCUUCCAUACAAUCAUGCACAUUGUCAAAACUCUUGUAAUGUCUCCGCUGGUGCAGUAGUUGGUUGUGAAAGGUAUUCUGCUUUAUUUCUUGAUGAGAUCUUAGCAUUAUGUUACACUUGAACUGUUUUGUUCUUUGUUUUUUGGUGUUCAUCCAUUUCUUUGUUAAAAAUCAUGGGAUAGUUUACACUCUAGUUAAUAUUAGUUGUUGAGCACAUUACAUGAGGUAAUGAUGAUGUGAUGAAUCCCACACAGAGGUUGUUUCAGCUUUUGUGCAUAUGAUGAUACAGCAGCCAUCACCCAGAUAUGGUUAAAUUAUCAGGACUGGAUGUUCUAGAAUCAUUGUCAGUGUCUGACUCAUCACCCUUCUUUUAGCUGUGUCAGCUAACUUUAUAAAUACAAAUCCUGAUUGACUCACUCACUCAUGAGACCCUUUUGACCAAAUCCUGUUGAUGCAGCUUAUAACCAAUUCUUUGUUACCCUUAUGUCUUACAAUUACAGUAUCAGGUCUUCUCUAGACUUUCAUCUUUACAUUUCCUGGAGAAUAUAUGACCAUCUGGGACUGUUCAUUCCUCCCUACCUGAACUUCUUCACUGCCUCACCACAGCUUAAUAUCAUACUCAUCUAAGUCUGAGCAUAUUCCAAAGUAACAUUUGCUGCUGUGCAGUUGACUGUUCCUUGUAUAUAAUCUGUUAAUUUUCUUGAUGUCUUAGUCUUCUAUUUGAUCAGUUUACAAGAAGACUUUCAGUAUUCUAUGAAGUUAUUGAUGCAUUGUUUUCUUUGCUCUCUUCUUUUGUAUUUUUUCAUAUUACUGAUUUUCUAUCCAGAUAUUAUGAUAUAGAGCUGAGAUUUCUUCUGUGUAAUGUACUAGACUAACAUUAACUUGUAGUGUCUGUAAAUAAAAUGUAUAUAUACAUAUA